AUGGCCGAGCCGCGCUCCAAGCGGCCCCGCGUCACGCUGCCCGCCUGCCCGGCGCACCGCUCGCUGCCCGGCAGCCGCGUGAGGCAGAGCUUCCCGCCCGCCGUGGAGGAAGGCCUCUGCGGUGUCACCGGCGCCCUGCUGGAGCUCGCCUACUGCCUGCAGGCGCUGGGUGAAUAUUUUGAUCAGUCACAUGUGGCUCUACCAAAUGUUUCAAAGUUCUUCUUGCAUCAAGCUCUGGAAGAGAGGAAAGCCGCAGAGGCUUUGAUGAAGUAUCAGCAAGAAAGAGGAGGCCAUUACUGUUCUAAAACCAUCCAGAAACCAAACUGUGAGUACGCAGUCGGUCUGAUGAAAGCCCUGGAAGUAGCAAUGGUACAGUGGAAAACUAUGAUACGGUAUUUUGAAGAGCUUUAUGCGCUGAGUAUUGAAAACGCAGACCCUCAUAGCGCAAGCACUAUCAAGAAACAAUUUAUUGGGCCCAAAAUCCGGAAGAUCAAGCUGAUGGGAGAUCUACUGACCAAUGCUCGCAGGCUUGACUGUUCCCAAGACGGCAGAAAUAGUCUUGGGGAUUACUUUAUGGACCGGUUGCAGAAAGAGUUCAGAACAGGCAUAGAGCCAGAGCCUAGUCAGCACUGCAGCCCCUGCCCACCUCUCCAGCAGUGUACAGGAGCUGCAGAGGGUCUGAAGCGACCCCAGAGAGAAUCUUCCCAGUACAGAAAUGGCAUAGGGCCAAUCUAUGCAACCAUACACUGUACUACCACGCUGCCACAGUGUAAUGAUGGGACAGGAGCAAAAGUGAAGCAGGGCAGGGAGGGACUUUAAUGCUGUGGCUGUUGCAGCUAUGGGGCAGCUCCUAAGGCAGACCUGUAUAGAGGGUGGCCUUGAGACCAGAACUCAGGAGACAUGAUGCUGUAUCGCUCCUCCUGCUUUACACCUUGUCCCCUUGUCCUCUGUUGAGCCACAGCUCAAAAUCUAGCCCAUACCGUUAUUUUGUUUAAAUGAUAGCAAGGUUGCUAGUUAUCUAGGUUGUCGGCAUUAGUCAAACACUUUUAUCUAUGCACUUCCUAAAAGCCAAAAGCUUUUAAGCCUCUUUGCAGUCUUAAAUGAUUAAUAGGAUUAGUUAGUGCAAGUUAUUUUUAAUGGUAUAUAAAACUUCUAAUAAAAAAACCCUGCAACUUUAGUACGAGGAAACUUAUAUAUGGCAGAAAAUCCAAAGAUUUAGUUUUAUAUUAUUAGAUAUUUUAUAUUACUAACAGAUACUUUACAUUACUAACAAGUAUACUAACAUAAUGAACUUUUUAAGACUUGUUUUAAAACAAAGUUUUCUUGUUUUAUUUCUAUCAUAGUAGCAAUUUAAAUAAGUCAUCUAAUUAAUUUACUUAUCAGCCAGGUAUUUCUAGUGGUAUACUUCUCCAAGAUGAAGGAUGCAAACAUUUCCUCAACAGUGGGAAUAAGACAAUGUGCUGGUUUUCUCCACAUUUAUUUGCCUAGUUGGCUUUUCUCAUCCUCAGAAAGCAGAUAAGAGACAAAUUAGGGGUUCUCAUUAGAUGUGAUAUUUACAGGUUCUAGUGCAUAUUUUGCAAGUGUCACUGAAGACACUAGCUCUAGGGCUCUGUCCAGACCUAGCCUAGGAUGGUUGCUUUAAUUACCAUACAGACCCCUAUUUCAGCUGGCUAAAUUAUGGUAUUACUAUGGUACUACUGCUAUUUCUUGUAUUCCCUAUCUUGGUCCUCAGUAGAGGAAUAAAAUCCUAGUGAAAAUGCAGCACACUUUUAACUAGAAUUGCACCAUAAAGAGUGGCCACUCACUACUUUUGCAUUUCAGUGUGUUCAAUUAGGGGGGCUAUUAGCACCACCGAGCCUAAAGCCUUUUUUUACUUUAGCCAGCUUGGUUAAAGUUCAAAGGUGUCCAAAUUCCUUCCAUUCAUCUUCUACAGGAGUGCUUCUCUUUCUGUACACUGGCUACCAAGGUCACCUAGGAAGAGCAACUGGCUAGAUCAGCUGCCUGCAGCUAGGGUUUUCUGUCAUUAUGUACAGCAUCUUUUAUGCAAUUGGGGUUUGCUUCAUUGAAAGAUUGUCUUACUCUUUUAUGUAAUACUGUAAGCAAUACUCCUAUGCUUGAAAA